AUGGAAGAGAAGGUGAUGCUGCUUAUCGCAGCGUGGCAUUUCCAACGAGGUGCCCAAUCUGAUUUUUUGGAGACAAUGCGUUAUGAUAAUAACAUCAUACGGCAGGUUCUUCAGCUCUACUGUUCGAAGGCUUGUGAAAACAGGCUGUGGAGGCAAAUUUUACUUGAAAGGAGACCUAAAGAGCUCUUCCAAAUUGGCAAAGAGGCUUAG